AAAACGUGCUUUUACUUAUCCGAGGGUCAAUAACACGCAGCUCUCCUCUCCUUCUCUCUUCUGUACUAGUUUUAUUCAUUCAUUCAUGGCGUUCGCCGCUAAAAACAAGGAAAUUUGUAUGUGUACUGGUACAAGGAGCCUAUUCAAUCUGGUUUCUCCGCCACGACCCAUUCUCAGUCUUAGCUUUGACACUGCCUUCUCAUAGUUCCCCAUGCAAACCGCCAUUCUAAGCCUCCUGCUUUUCUGCUUUUUUUAAAGCUCUUUAAGAGAAAGCAGUUCAACCCCAAGCAUUUUUCGAGGUCUGUUUUCUUUGGGCUUGGGUUUUUUGUUUUUGGGUUUUUCAAAAGCGUUUUUUUAGUUUUCUUUGGGUGUGAGGAGGAGUUUUUGGAUCUGCACUGAGAUGGGGAGUGCGUGGAGGAGGGCGAAGCUGGCACUUGGGUUCAAUAUGUGCGUCUAUGUUCCCGCGACUGCGGAGGAAGAAGACUCCGCUGAUAGGUUGUCCGAUGCGGCUUUGCUCUCGCCGGCGAUGCCCAUGACGCCUACGCCAUCGUCGGGCGGUUUGAGGCUAUCCAAGAGCGCGAGCAGAUCUUCCAAGAAAACCUGUGCGAUAUGUUUAACCUCAAUGAAACGAGGGCAUGGGCAAGCUAUCUUCACUGCAGAAUGCUCACAUUCUUUCCAUUUCCACUGCAUUACUUCAAAUGUGAAGCAUGGCAGCCAAAUUUGCCCAGUUUGCAGAGCAAAAUGGAAAGAAAUCCCCUUUGAGGGUCCCAAUUUGGAUCCUCCCCCUAGAAGGGCAAGAAUAAACCCUGUGGAUUGGCACCAAAAUAAUGAUUUGAUGACCAUAAUUCGCCGUCUACCUCCCCCUCGUCUAGAUUCUAAUCGAAAUAUCAUGGCACUGCAUCAGGCCUCUGAGCCUGGUGUUUUCAAUGAUGAUGAAUCCUUAGAUCACCAACCUGUGCCUGCAGAAAGAAACUCUUCAAAUGGCAAUGCGGCAGAAAACAACCCUGUUAGGACAGUCGAAAUCAAAACAUACCCAGAAGUUUCAGCUGCUCCACGGUCCAAAUCUUAUGAUAACUUCACUGUUCUGGUUCAUCUUAAAGCUGCUGUUGCAAAUACAGGACAAAAUAUCCAGAGAAACAUGUCUAACUCGCCAUUAAACUCUCAUAAUCCUCGAGCUCCAGUUGACCUAGUUACAGUGCUUGACAUCAGUGGCAGCAUGGCAGGUACAAAGCUCGCAUUGCUAAAGCGAGCCAUGGGCUUUGUGAUACAGAACCUUGGCUCCAGUGACAGGCUGUCAGUUAUUGCCUUCUCUUCCACUGCCCGCCGCCUCUUUCCUCUUCGCCGGAUGACUGAUGCAGGGCGUCAGCAGGCAUUGCAAGCUGUUAACUCUUUGGUGGCAAAUGGUGGAACCAACAUAGCUGAAGGCCUGAGGAAGGGUGCCAAGGUAAUGGAAGACAGAAAGGAAAGAAAUCCAGUCUCAAGUAUUAUACUGUUGUCUGAUGGGCAGGACACUUACACUGUCAAUGGCUCUAGUGGCAACCAACCCCAACCAAAUUAUCAGUUGCUACUUCCUCUGUCUAUGCAUGGCAGUCAGAACACAGGGUUUCAAAUUCCAGUGCAUUCUUUUGGAUUUGGGACAGAUCAUGAUGCCUCAUCAAUGCACACGAUUUCAGAAAUUUCUGGUGGAACCUUUUCUUUCAUUGAGACUGAAUCUGUGAUCCAGGAUGCAUUUGCCCAAUGCAUUGGGGGCCUUCUGAGUGUUGUGGUUCAGGAGCUGCAAGUGGGAGUUGAGUGUGUGGACCCAAGUCUCCGCCUUGGCUCUUUAAAAGCAGGAAGUUACCCAAGCCACGUGAUGGGCGAUGCACGCACAGGGUCUAUUGAUGUUGGAGAUUUGUAUGCUGAUGAAGAGAGGGAUUUUCUGGUUUCAGUUAAAGUUCCAGCUGAGUUGUCCGGUGCCAAGACCUCAUUGAUAAAGGUGAGGUGUGUCUACAAAGAUCCCCUAACGAAGGAAAUGGCUACUUUGGAGAGUGAAGAAGUUAGGAUUGAAAGACCUGAAACAGCUGGUCAGGAGGUGGUCUCAAUAGAAGUGGACAGGCAACGCAACAGGCUCCAAGCAGCUGAGGCAAUGGUACAGGCACGAGCUGCAGCUGAGCAGGGAGACCUAGCUGGUGCAGUUUCUAUCCUUGAAAGCUGCCGUAAGGCAUUAUCAGAUACAGUGUCAGCUAAAUCUCAUGAUCGGCUCUGUGUGGCAUUGGAUGCUGAGCUCAAGGAGAUGCAAGAGCGGAUGGCAAGCAGGCAUGUAUAUGAGGCAUCAGGGAGGGCCUAUAUUCUGUCAGGAUUGAGCUCACACUCAUGGCAAAGAGCAACAGCAAGAGGUGACUCCACUGAUGGUUCAAGUCUGGUUCAAGCUUACCAAACCCCAUCAAUGGCCGAGAUGCUUACACGUUCUCAGGCUACCUUACUGGGCAGUCCAUCAGCCCAGAGGCUUAUUCGACCAGUAUGGUCAUGCACCUCACAGCCCAAGCCAAGGUAAAUUAUCAAAAAAUUUUGUGGGGGGUUAGCUUCGAAAAAGAAAACACAGUUGAAUACUUUAGUGCCUCUUUUUUCUAUUUUUUGACUUAUAAUGGGGACAAAUUGGAGGGAUAAGAGGAGGGUUUUGGGCUGUUUUACUGUUCCUGGUUUACAUAUGUAAAUGAAUAAAAAUGGGAAAAGGGUUAAACAGAUAUCUUUCAUCUUGGCUUGGGGGUGGGGAGAGAAAAGAAAAGGAACACUAGGUAGGAUUUAAAACUUUUGUAUUUCAUUUUUCUUUUUAAUCUUUGCUCUUUCUGUUUUUGGUUUCUGUCCUUGUGAUGGUGUUGGGGGUUGAUGUACAUAAAGGGAGAAAUAGUCUUUUUCUCUUAUGAGAGAACUGGUACAAGUCUGUAAUUGCGAGGAUAGUUGGGUGAAUCUUCACCUAAAUAUAUAAUAUAUACCUGCUGUUGAUUCUUUUCACAA